UUAUCAUUUUAGUCAUGUAAAUUCACAUUUAUUGUCACCAUUAGUCAUUCUUAACUUUACGAAAAGGAGGAAAGACUAAUGGUGACAACAAUUGUGAAUUUAUAGGACCAAAAUGACCAAAAAAAAAAAAACUUAUAGGACUAAAAUGACAAUUGAUCAAAUUUAAGGAGAAAAUUUACAUUUUUGCCAAAGAAUUUCUUUGGAAUAAUACUAUUUAUUGUCAACUUUCUUUCUUUUUUUUCUAAAUUUAUUUCUCGUUACUUUCUUAGUUGGCCAAAUGAUCAAAGAGCAUUAUAAGUUUAACCUUAUUCUAAUCCUAGUAAGACUAGAUUCUUGUCAAGCAAGUACAUGCACACAUAGACUUGGGCCUUACAACAGGUUUGACCCUAAUGUCUCUAACAUUGCCCCCAUCUAACAAUGACUCUCUUUGUCCCAUAUAUAUUACAAACUUUGAAAUUUAUAAUCUCAAAUUGGAUUUUGGUUCAAGAACCUUUGCAUGGUUUGGCAUGGUAGACUGGUAGUCCCUAAAUUAUUCAACACGUGCAAACAAAGAUAGACUAGCCAAAAGUGGGCCCGACAUGUUAAUUCGACCCAAAAUUGAAUCCGACUUUCUUUUUUUUCUUUUUUCUAGGUCAUGUAUGGGUCAACCCGUUUGACCUGUGACUAAAGAUUUUUUUAAAAUAAAAAUUAGACUAGAUAAGUUAGGAAAUCACUCCAAAUGCUAAACCAUGUAAAAAAAACAAAACAUCAACCAUCUAAAGGUAAUGAUUACGUUGAAUCAAAUAACAGUUGCUAAAAACUUUAUUUUCUUAUUUGACCACAAGGCAACAAGAUUUAGAAAAAUGGAGCUUAUAAUAUAAAUUUUGAGACCAUCAAGUAGCUCAAAUUGAAAUAAAAUCUCUGCAUCAUUUGGUGUGAUAAAGCUCAAAGUAUUUUUCUAAACCUCAAAGUUUUGCAAUAAAACUCAUAAUAUCCUUGCCAAUGUCAGUAUCAUCCGUGGCAAGUGAAACUACAUCUCUUUCACUAUCUCCAAGUGAAACAAAGUCUUUAUUUGAGAGAACGAGGGUCAAAGGGAUGCACCGCUAUUAACCGGGAAUGCAACUAGAGUUAUGGAUGCUUAUUGUUCUAUUUCUUAAAUUAUAAAUUAAAAAAAAAAUUUCUAAAAACAUUUUGUGUAAUUUGUGGAAUUUUUUUUAUUGAAAUAAUUUUUUUAAAAGAGAAAAAUUACAUUGUUUCGGGGCUCUUAAUGGCAAAGAACCCAACUUUUAUAGUGAUGAUGAUAUCAUUAGUUUGAACUUUGAAUUUUGUAAACUUAAGAAUCUAAAUAUUAUUUAACUUUUGUUCUUGACUAUUUUGCUAUUUUCGACAUUUAGUAAAUUUUUGUUCAUAUAUUUAUUUAUUUUUUACAUGUGAAAAAAUACGGGUUGACCCGGACCUAAUCAACCCAACCUGUUUAUAACUUUUUUAGAAUGACCAAUUUUAACCUUAAUCCGAUUGACUCAUCUUGAACCUAACCCAACACAGCCUGCUUGCUAGGUCAAAAAAAAACUUAGUAAUCCACAUUCUACAAGUCACUUGAGGAGUUUACAUAACUUUGGUUUUUACAAUCUACCCGUAAUGUCUUCAUUUGAAUGCUUGCCUCCUUUUUAUAGUUUACGUUUCUUGCAGAAUUGCCUUGAUAAGCUGGUAAAAAUGUCUAGGGCAAAUGGUUAGGCAAAAAGUAGAAUUAUGCAGAUUUUUUUUAUGAAAUAAAAUUUGGAAAAUAGCAAUCCAAGAAACAUACAAUAGAGGAAUUAAUAUAAUUAGGCACUUUCAACUCAUUAAACUCUUAUAGUCAUAAAGACACACAUGGCUCUCAAUUAACGACCAUAUGAUGUGACCAAAAAAAAAAAAAAAAAUUCAAACCUCAGUUACAGUGCCAUAUUAUACUGAACAAAGCUAAGAUUUUGCUUAAGCUGAGUGCAUUUUUUUUCCCCUCUCAAUAUGGCUAGCAUUGCCUCAUCUUUUUUUUUUUUUUUUGGGUAUGUGUGUGGCUAUUUUCUUUGCAGACUUGAAUCAACAGUUAUCGAAGAAAUCAUUAAAAGAAUAUUUAGUGAGUUGAAUUGUAAAUUCUCAAGUGUUUAUGAGGACCUUGUUGGAAUGGACUCUUGUGUAGAGGAAAUGUUGGAUUCAUACUUGGCUGAAGGGUUGGAUGGUGUUCGUUUUAAAUUGUUGGGAUUUGUGGGAUGGGUGGAAUAGGCAAAACAACUCUUGCGCAAGAAAUUUAUAAAAGAAUUUCUAAUAACUAUGAAGCUACCAGCUUUAUUGCUAAUAUUAGAGAAGAAACUAAAAAUCGAGGUCUAGAUUCUUUACAGAAACAACUUCUUUCCAAGAUUCUCAUGGAAAGUGAAAUAAAUAUAUGGAAUAUUCCUGAGGGAAUCAAUCUUCUGAGGAAUACACUAUGUAAUAAAAAGGUUUUUAUUGUUCUUGAUGAUGUGGAUGAAGAUGAACAAUUAAGAGCAUUAGCAGGGAAGCAAGAUUGGUUUGGUCCAAGGAGUAGAAUCAUUGUAACAAGCAGAGAUAGUCAUUUAUUGAAAAGAUGUGGUGUGAAUGAUAUAUAUAGUGCUAAGGGGUUGAGUAAUGAUGAUGCUUUGCAGCCUUUUAGUUGGAGAGCUUUCAAUAAACCAUACCCUGAACAAAAUUAUGUGGAUUUUUCUAAGGGUUUUGUGAAUUAUGCUCAAGGCCUUCCUUUAGCUCUUAAAGUUCUAGGUUCUUUGUUGUUUGCUAAAAGAACGGAAGAAUGGAAAAGUGCCCUAGAUAAACUAAAAGAAGAACCUAACAAAAUUUUUUUGGAUAUACUUCAAAUUAGUUUUGAUGGGCUAACAUAUGCACAAAAAGAAUUGUUUUUAGAUAUUGCAUGUUUUUUCAAAGGAGAGAACAAAGAUUGCAUGGGAGAUAGUCUAGACUACAAUCUUGGUGUUCUUAUGGAAAAAUCUCUCAUAACCAUUAGUGACCAUGGAACAUUGUGGAUGCAUGAUUUGCUACAAGAAAUGAGUCAAGAAAUUAUUCGUUGUAAAUCCCCUAAAGAGCCUGGUAGACGAAGUAGGUUGUGUUCUUAUGAGGAUGCCCUUCAUGUAUUGAAGAAUAAUACUGGAACUGAGGAAGUUGAAAGCAUAAUGCUAAUUGCACCUAUUCAAAAAGUGGAAACCUUGAGUGCAAAAGCCUUCUUAAAUAUGAAAAAACUAAGAUUGUUAAAAAUUGGUAAUGUGCAGCAUCCAAAAGACUUCAUUAAAGGUAAUGUGCAACCUUCAAAAGACCUCUUUAGAGGUAAUGUGCAACUUUUACAAGGCCUCACUUAUCUUUCUAAUGAGUUGCGAGUUUUAGAAUGGCAUGGAUAUCAUUUAAAAUCCAUGCCAACCAAUUUCCAACCAAGCAAACUUGUUGAAUUGAGAAUGUGUUUUAGUGGCAUCAAACAACUAUGGAAAGGAAUUAUGAUUUUAGAUGAAUUAAAAGUUAUUGACCUAAGUUACUCUCCAAACUUGAUCGAGACUCCAAACUUCAGUAGAGCCCCAAAUUUGAAGAAGUUGAUUCUUCAAGGUUGUACAAGACUAUCUAAGAUUCAUGCAUCUCUUGGAAAUCUCAAAUGGCUUAUUCAACUAGAUCUUAAUGAUUGCAAAUGCCUCAAAAGUCUUCCUAACAAGAUCAGCUUGGAAGCUCUUGAAAUAUUUGAUCUUGGUGGUUGUUCAAGACUGGAGAAGUUUCCGGAGAUUGUGGAAAAUAUACCACGUUUGUCUAAACUUUAUUUGAAUGAAACUCCUAUAAAAGAUCUACCAUUAUUAAUGGAGCAUGUAACUGGCCUUAUUGAAUUGGAUCCAAGAGAUUGCAAAAAAAUUUCAAGUCUUUCAAAUGCUUGUUGUAGUUUGAUGUCUCUAAAAAUUCUCACUUUAUCUGGGUGCUCAAAAAUUGAUGAAUUUCCAAAGAAUUUGGGGAAUCUCAAAAGCUUGGAGAAGCUAAAUAUGAGUGGAACUGCUAUAAAAGCACUACCUACAUCUAUCAAACUCUUAAAAAAUCUCAAAGUACUGUCUCUUCAUGGAUGUGAAGGGUUAUCACCUAAAUCAUCGAAUAAGCUCAUCAGCUUUCAACGAAGAAGAAGUCUAGAUCCCAUGGUAAUGUUAGAGCAAUCUUUAUCAGAUUUUUGCUCUUUGACUAAAUUGGUUCUAAGUUUUUGUAAUCUUCAGACAAUCCCAGAUGAUAUUGGCUAUUUGUCGUCUUUAUUAGAAUUAAAUCUAGCAGGAAAUAAUUUUGUUUGCCUUCCUAAAAGUAUGAUUCAACUAUCAAAUCUAGCAAUUCUUAUGUUGAAUUUUUGCACUAGUCUUCGAUCAUUGCCAAAGCUUCCAUUAAAAAUUGAGGUUAUUGGUGCAAGAUGUUGUACCUCACUGGAAACAUUAUCAAUAAGACCAGAAGAAGAAUUUGUGCCGGGGCUUGAUCUUACCAAUUGCGUCAAAUUGAUUGCGAAUCAAGAAAAUAGUGAUGUGUUGUCUAGAAUGCUAAGACGUUAUAUCAUUAAUUACCAGAGACAUGUUAAGCUAAAAGUACGGCACUACGGUCUUUUGAUUCCUGGAAGCGAAAUUCCGAAAUGGCUUAGCCACAAAAAUGUAGGGACAUCAGUGAAUCUGCAAGUGCCUUCUUCAGAUUUAUUAUGUAACAAAUUGAUGGGAAUUGUUCUGUGUCUUAUUUUUGUAUUCCGCCAGCAUCAUCCAGUUGACCAACUUCAAAUUGAGAAUUGUUCUAUGGGGUUUUUUGGUACCUUCACGCAUGAGCUUCGUUGUUCCAUAAACGCCGAGGGAUGUGAAAUUGACACAAGGAGGCUUUCAUUAUCCGAGGAAUUUGGUAAGAUUGAAUUGUAUCAUCUUUUGCUGUUUCAUUUACCCUCUAGAGACUUCAUCUCCUUUGGGAACUGGAAAGAAAAAUUGAUACCAGUGGAUGCCAGUGGACUCACCCAGAUUGAGGUUAAAUUUGAAACCAAAGGUCCAGGCUUAGAGGUUACAAAAUGCGGGGCCAACUUGGUAUUCGGACAAGACAUUGAAGAUGUCAAGCAAACUAAGGCUUGGUCUAGCAACCACAGCAUCACUCCUUAUGAGGAUGAUUUAGAUACCAAAAUUAAGCAAAGUCGUGAUGAGGCUGGACCUAGUGGAGAAGCACCACACCCAAAGUGGAUACAACUCCCUAAUCUAAUUCAAAGUCUUGUGCUGUGUUUGGGAAACUGGCCUGGGAAUUUAUGUACACCAGGUCAAGGUAACCCUGAUUCUGAGGAGGAGGAGGAGGAAGUGGAAGAGGAAUUCUAGUGAAAGUGGUAGCUGUGAUGAAUCUGUGAGGCUGAUAAACCUGUUUUUUUCGUGAUUUUUGUAAACCAAUAUCAGAUAAAGAAGCCAUGCAACGCUGGACGGCAGAGACAUUGUCCUACUGCCAGUAGCAUGGGCUUUGGUGCCACUACCACCACCCACUACACUGUCUUUUUGUAUCUGGGGCUGAUGCUGAAGAUGGUUGAAAAAGAUCCCAGAAAGAUUUCCAGUAAGUAUCUUUUUUCAUCUCUCUACUUUUUUUCUCAUGUGGGUUUAAUUUCCUUUUAUUUCCCAGAAGCUUUAUCCUUUUUUCCUUUUACAUUUGUCUCUUGUGUGUGACUAUUUCUCUGUUUGGCAGCAAGAAAACUUGAGGAAAAUUAGCAUAGAAAGGGUACAAAUCUUUUGAAAUUCUAUCUUGUUUUGAUGUUUUAGUUUCGGGAGUUGUAAUGCAGAAUUUGGGUCGAAAUAGUGGUGCCAGGCUUAGUUCUUGAGUUCUCCACUUGCUGGGUUCCCUUUGGAACAUAUAUAUUUUGUUAUCUUAUCCUACAUUUUUCAUAGAAAUUGGACUAGUGGCAAAAUGCUGGGGUUUAUGCUCCGUUAUGUUUUUUGUUUUCAUAACAUAUAAGGACUGCUCAAGCAAGCCAGUCUGUUUGGCUUUGCUGGCAAUUUCUUUCCUUGACAUAAAAUGAUUUUUUUUUUUACCAAGAAAAUAGGAGGAGCUUAUUGUGAAUUAUGUUGUCUUGUAUAUAUGUUUUCUGAAGAUACCAGUUGGAGCUAUGACAAAAAGCUUUGGAGGAGAAUUUAACUGUAUAUUUAGGACAGGUUGUCAGAAUGCCCACAUUGCUGUACUGCUUAUCCACAAGCUGGGUCACAUGAUAAGGAAGUCCCAGAAUAGCACACGUCUUUCUCGCCCCUAUGGUGGCUCUGGUUCAGCAGGAUCUAGUGACAAAACAAACAUUGGAAAUGGUGUUGUAAUGUAUGAAAAUGCAGGAAGGGAAGCUCGAUUCUUAAAGUUUUUGUAUUCUAGUUUUAUUCAAGUGAAUUUGUAUGAUACAUAUAGUGUUUUAAUAUAAUGAAGAGACUCUAUAAUGUAAAAAUGGUGUUUGAGGUGUCAUUUGGAAGAUUGACAAUUACGGAACUUCAUCAUUUGUUGUAUUCUGUAUUGUAUGUGUCCGCACACGAAUUGGUUUUCCGUUUAACCUCAUAGUAUGCCUGGCCUGUUUUCAGCUUCAGUAGAUCGGCUUAUGUCUAAAAUGCAUGAACUUAAAGGUUCUAUGUUUGCAGCUGACUCAACCACUCCAGAGGAGUGCUAUAAUUUAAUCUGCUUCUUGAAUUAAAAA